AUGGCCCGAACUAGAAAGCAGAAAUCCUUUCCCAAAUGGUCUAUCUAUGAAGCUCUCCACGGUGAAGUAUCGAGGUUACUGGACGGCACAGGGCUCGCAUUCGAUUUCCACACCGAGGAUAACGAGACCCAUUGCAUCAGACAGUGGGACUCGAACGUCAUGGGCCGCUUUGUGUGUCACAAUCCAGCAUGCCGUUCAGAUGGCUGGUCCAGUGUUAAGAUCGCGAUCACAAUUCGUCAAUAUACCAAUCACGAAUACAACGCGCGAGUAUACCACCAACGCUGCAAAUCUUGCAAUUGGCUUUCUAAGCCAUGGUUGAGUUAUUCAUAUGCCGAGCGAGUGGCCUAUUGGCUGAAGAAAUGGAACGGAGUGUACGUUGAGAAACCUGAUAUCUCGGGCUCCAGCAAAGGGCCUCAUGACAGUCGCCUUUGUGAAGGCUGUAAGGCUGGACACUGCUCUCAAGAUGAGGACAGCCUCAGCAAACGAUUUAACCGGUUUGUCAGUUUGAGCUGUGUACGAUUAUUGACUGACUUCGAAAUAGACUGUAUGUCUAGUAGACAGUUUCUUGACUGCAGGGCUGGCAACGUCGAUAAAUUUCCCUUUUGCCCUAGUGGUCUGCCACGAUGCUCUUGUAUGCAAAGAUUGGCUCACGAGGCGUCAUAUUGUCGUCCUGGAAAGCAGUUGGCCAUUUGUUGA